AUGGAACCUCAAGAAAAUACCGAGCAGGAAGGAUCUGUGGAAGAGCCAAUUAUGCGCGCAGACGAAGUCGAUAAUAUUGAAGUUGAUAUAUCCACUUCCCCUGAAGAACAGGUGGCUACAGAUGAUGCUGUCUCAAAUAUAAAGAUCUCUGAAGAAAGUGAAGCAAAAAUCGAUGAAGCGGGGGGACUUGGCGAUGCAUCAGUACUCCAGAGACUAUCUCAACCUCCGGCUCGACCUGAAUUACGGCGUGAUCGUGUAGCACCGCCACCACCAUUGCAACCACCACCGCCUGCCCCAGUACAGAACCCUGAAACCCAAACGGACUCAGUGAGCCUUGCUCAACUGCGUAAAAUUGUCCAAGAUCUUCCAAAAUCUGAUCUACCAUCCUAUGCCUUCAAAUAUGACGACUGCCAGCCAUUCCCAGAGGAAAUCAAUGAAUGGUUUAGUGACAGUGAGCCUGACAAACUUAUGCUCCUGGGCUGCAAAACUACCUUUGAGCAGACGUGGUCAUCCUUCCGUCACACUUUGCCUGAGUCUCCCGAAACUGAACCAUCUUGGUUGAGUGCUAGUGACGAAGAUAAGGAGGCGUUCAUAGAAAGAAUGAUAGGACUGUUUACCAGCACCGAUAUUUUUUCGAGGAUCGAAGCCCUGGAGAGUAUUGCCUACACAUUAACGGGUGCCUGGGUUUCUACGGCUGGAAAGGUAGCUGGGGAUUACCCUUCUGAUAUUACCGAUCACGACGCUGCCGAGACUCCUAAGGAACGAUCUAUGCAAAUUCAAUGGAUGAUUAAAAAUGCCCAUACAUUUUUAGAAUGCCAAGGUAUUGAAGCUUUAUUUGCCUAUCUACAACGGUUUUUUAACAAGGAUCAAGCAUUGGUACAGGAGGAUAUGAAAGCCUUUACAAAUGAAAAUGGCACGACAGCCUACGUUGCUACAAGGGAUAGGGAGAUUAAUCUAAUACUCACCUGCCUUUACAUUGUUGUUGAGGUGGCACGAAGGGAAGAAAAGCUAGAAUACUCUAGUCUAGAGUUGAGAGAUGCAUUUGCGGCGCUAACCCCCAAUUUACCCGCAACGCUUGCCGAAAUUGUUGCACGACUUCGGUGGGAUGAUCCGUCCAUCUUUCCAUUAACGAGAAUCCUUCUUCUCUUCUGGAAAUCAAUUCUUCUCCUAUUCGGUGGCAUCGAGCCAUUGAAAAGAGCAAAAACUGUCUUGGAGCCUGUACACGUACCAACCGGUUCUGGACAAAAUGAAUCGUCAAAUAUCCCAACUCUUACUGCCUCUCCACUGGAUUAUCACUUAUUCAGACAAGAAAUCAUAUCUAAAUACCCUGCCUAUAAUCCGCCACCACCGCUAGUCCCAUUUGAGCUGGAGCACAAUUCGGUUCUUCCUCCUCUUCCCACAUCUUCAAGCCGCAAUUCUUCCUCCGUUCUCUUUUCUGGAGUCGGAUCUACUCUAGCGAGUAACAAUGACUCUAUCCUCCAUCAAUCCGUGCACAUUGCCACGCCCGCCCCCUCCCCACCGCCAUCCCCUGGGGGGCCGGGAAAGGUAGGCAAGAAGCAGAAUUACCAAACAAAUCAACAUUUCCCAUUUAUGUACCCUCCGCUGGACGGGUCGAGUAAUAAUAUCGGAGGCAAAGGAUCUAGCGACCUUCAGGACAGCCUUGUUGGUAGGAGGUGGGAAGGCAGUGAUGUUCCUGCGUCCAUCAUUGAGGCCGGCGAGUUAUUCUCCAGCCGCAUGAGGAUGACGCGUGCAUUGGAACAAUUAUGGGAAGAGCGAGAAGCAUUCAUGAAGUACGAUCGUGGUUGGGAUGAAAGAGCACCAAACGGUGGUUACCGAGGACCAUCCGAUGACACUGCAUCGGAAUCACAAGCCGAGCAAGAAUUGAAACCUCGACGACAAACUGAAGAUGAAGAUGUUCAACGACGCUUAGAUGAAGUCGAGAAAUUUUACGCCCACGCACUCCCAAAUCUUCAAUCUUUUGUGAUUGUGGUACUUAAAGAACUUCUAACGAGUAUCACUGCUAUUGCGAGUAAAGCAAACGGCAACGAUGAUCUUGAGGGCAGAGCAGAGAAUGCAUUGAAUGGUCAAAAACAAAUAUCAAACAAGAACCGCGUUCUAGAGCCAUUCCUAUCUACAAAACAGCUGCAAGAAGCUAGGUCACGAGAGAUCAGAUUUGAAGCUAUAUCUGGAGCACUGGUCCUACUUUUAAAGUGGUUCAAACGAUGCCAUAUUCUAAAAUUCGAGUAUUUGUCGCAAAUACUUCUCGACUCAAACUAUAUUCCUUUAAUAUUAAAAAUGUUUAUCCACCAGGAAGUUGAUCAUGCCGUCGCCCAGCCCCAGGACCCAUUAAUAUCAAGCUUCUUUCACUUCUGUCAUGUUCAUUCCGACCAGCCGCCCGAACCAAUCCCCCCACUUGAGCCUACUGAAAUUGCGGAUGACAGCAGCGAAGAUGAGGCAGCUCCGCCUCCGAUACUUCGGCAGAGCCGUUCUAGAAUAUCCAUGCUCGAAGAAGCAUCCGCAAAAUCAGCUGCAACUGAACAGAGCAAAGAGAAUUCUAGGCUCCUUGAAGUCGACGAACUAGGGUUCCCAACGGCGCCGAUUGAGCCUGGGCCUAUUGCUACUUACUCCUUUCGAAACUUUUUCUCUGCCAUCAACUUCCUGCAUAUCAUGCACAAGAUUACCCGCGACAAAGCCCACCGGUGUUUACUCCUUGUGCAAUAUAAAUGUAGCGCUGUGCUACGGAAGGGUCUUAAGAUCCCCGAUCCCCACCUUCGUCUAUACACCCUCAAAUUGUUCAAGUCACAAGUACCUUACUGCGGCCGAAAAUGGCGUUUAAGCCACAUGAGGGUUAUUACAGCGAUCUACCUAUACUGUCGCCCUGAGCUGCGGGAUGAUUGGCUUGCCGGCGGUGACGUCGAUGCUGAAGUUGAGGAGUCGCUACCAAUGGAGCAAGCGCUAAGAGGAUUAACCCACUGGUGGCAUGUUAGGCAGUACAAGGAUGUCUUGUCCACCGAGACUGGGAAGCCAUUGGUAGAGGAGGAGCGAGAUUUUUUCACACGAGAACUGGAGAAAAUUGGAUGGGGAUGGUUUGGAGAAGAGCUAACUAAUGGUGCUGAUGACGAUGGGGAAUUCGUACCUCAUAUUGGAGGAGGCCCUGAAUUAGAGAAAGCCAUUCAGAUGGAAGCUUGGUAA